AUGUCAGGUUAUAUAUGAACAAAAAAUUGUAUUUCAAUUUUAUUUUAAAAUAAUUUUGACUUCGAAAAAAUGAUUUUUUUCAUGAAAAGAAUCGUAAUUUUAAGUAUACUGUAUACAAUUGAGCCAAUAAUAUCACAUUCGGGUAUAUUUUUUCCUAAAAAUAUAGAAGAACAGAAUUGGAAUUCUAGUUAUUCAACAUUCAGUGUAAGACCUUAUUAUAACAAAGUUGAUUUAAACUGGAAAAUAAAUAAAUGUAAAAAAUUAGGAUUUACUCGAAAGAAUUCUAUGGUCGGGCAACAGAUAACAUCUAAUAUGAUUCCAGUUGAUGUUUAUUUUAAUAAAUCUGGAUUAUAUGAGCUUCUGGCAGAAUUUUUAUGCCAAGAUAUUACAAUAAGUUCUAUAAUACAAAACAAUGUGUUUAAAAACAUGAAAGAGAAUAAUAAUAUAAAAAUAUUCUUUAAUUCAGAAGAAAGAUAUAAUGAAUACAUAGAAGAAUUUAUUGACGUCCAAGAUACAAAUAUAGAAAGACCAAGUUUAGAUACGGAAUUGUUAGCAAUUUCUGAUUAUCUAGACGUUUGUAUUUAUCUUUUUAAAAAUUUAAAAAAUGUUUGGUUCGUAUUCCGAGGAAAAGACUGGCCCGAUUAUAGAGGUGUUGAUAUGAAAUACGAAGACUGUAUUUAUUUAUAUGAAAAUAAUGAUGGAACAUUUGGUGUUGUUAGUAAUGUUACUGGACCAUAUUUAUAAUUUGAUUAGACAAAUUUACAAAGAUUGUUAUGCAAAUUAUUUCAUAAUAAAAUACAUAACACAAAUUUUACCAUUUACAA